AUGUACCUCUACCGCCCGCGUUUCGGUAUCUUCCGCCGCCUCGUGUGGUUCGGCCUCGGUGUCGGUGCCGCCCACUGGUGGAUCCGUAGCAAGGACCGCCACCCCAAUAAGUGCUACCGGUACCAGCGCCCGAUCGAGGCGCCGAACGCGCCCGCGCCCGCAUACGCCUGGCCUUCGGCCAUGACACCCUCGAACCCCUCCAAUCCCAACCCCAACCCCAACCCGGACGUAGAAGCCCCGACGGCCCAAGAACACGUGGCCUCCGAAACGUCUCGGGACGGCAGGCGCUUUGGUUGGCACCGCCGCCACUCUCCGCCCGCCCAAGCUCCAACGAGCACCAACCCCCCGCCGACGUAUGACGCCGACACGCAGGCGGAGAUCGACCGCCUCCAGCGUGUCGCUGAGGCGCUGUGGGAGCAGCGUAAGACCGAGGCCAUCGAGGCCACUGUCGCUGCGCGCGAGACGGCCCGCGACUUUGCCGUCGAUAACCUCAAGCGCCUCACGGAGCUGCUGCAGCGCAUCGGUUCCAGCAUCGAGGAGGAGAAGCGCCGUAACGAGGAGCAGAAGAAGCGCUGGGUGUAG